CCAGCAGCCACCCACCCUGACCUCCACCUUGGCGGCGCGGCCGUUCCCAAAUCGACGCGAGCAGAAAUGGCGGGCCGCCGCCGCAGCAGCGAGGACGGCGACGGGUAGACCCGUCCCAGCCGCCGCCGCCGCCGCCGCGCCAGCUCGCCGGAGGUGCCAGACGACGCUGACGCUGAUACCCUGUGGGAGUCGCUGCCGUUGGAUAUGAUUUGGGAGAUCCUCCUGCUGCUGCCACCGCAGCGGCCCUCCCUCGUGCGCGCAUCCACCGUCAACACGCUCUGGCGAGGCGUCGCCACCGACCCCGACUUUAUGAGCCAGUCCCGCAGGAAGUGGAAGCCGCCUCCCCUACACGGCUUCUUUGAGCGCCGCCAGCACAAGUUCCGCUUCACCCCCGUCUUGCAUCCUCCCGACGGUAUCCCUGCCGACCGCAUUCACAUCUCAGGCUGGAUGACCUCCCGCGACUGCGACGUGACCGACUGCCGCCACGGUCGACUACUUGCCAUCGACUGCAAGUGGCUUUUUCUGUUUUCCCCCAUCACCGGCGAGGAGCGCAACCUGCCCGUUCCGCGCCAGUUCAGAAAGUGCAACUACCACAACGGGGCUGUCAUAUGUGCUGCCAGCGGACAGGACCAUGUACACGGCUUUUGCCACAACAGUCCAUUCAAGGUGGCAUUAUUGUCCAUUUUUCCUAUAGGUAAUCGAUUUGUCACCUCUGUUUACUCCUCGGAAACCCGCCAAUGGGGUCACGAUAUAUUCCUAGAUGCUCCAUUUGAAGUUGCUCUUGCUGUUGGUGUUCCUGCGACCCUUGUUCGAAAUGUGCUCUACUGGAUGCUUUCAUCAAAUAAUGUUUGUGCUGCCAUGCUUGAGUUUGAUUUGGAUAGGCAGAGCCUAGCUGUGAUCGAGGGGCCUCUUGGUCGUAAGAUUGUUUCGGGCAGCCAUAGGAUCAUCAAAACAGAGCAAGGCACAGUUGGCUGGGUCAGGUUUUCAUUUCCGAACCUAGAAAUAUGGCUGAGGAAGAAGAAUUGUCACGGUAUUGCCACAUGGCUGCAGCAUAAGACGGUUGAUAUGCAUGGCAUUCUUGGGAUCCCUCCUCGGGUUAGUAAGAAGCGGUGGCAUGAAAAAAUCCUCGCGUAUGACGAGGAGAACAAUGUGAUCAUUCUGUAUGUUCAGGACAGUGCUUACAUGCUUGAUCUUAAGUCGAUGCAAUCCACAAAACUUGAUGAAAGCCGUUUGAUGAAAUCCUGUCACCCAUUCACCAGUUUCUAUCCGCCAGACAUGGCAAUCUAAGAAGCAUAGAUAUAUGCACACGGACACGGGGAUACAGAUACAUAUAUGGAGACAUGGAAUACGGCAUUUUCCAGAAACAGCCAUACGGCGACACGGGAGUAUAUAUAUACAUAAAUAAAUAAAGUACAGCUUGUAAUGUUGUGAGGACAGAAGUAUAUUUGUAAGACGUACGAUCAAAGUACUGCCCAUUUGUUUUCUGCCUUCAUCUCCACAUUUCUAUAUGGCUGAGUGUAACGCAGCUGAUGCUGCAAGUAUAUGUAAGUAGAUAUUUCAGGAGAAAGAAAAUACAAUGCAGCAUGUAAUAUGGACAUAAUUAUAUUUGUGGGAUCUGGGAUCAAGUCUUGAUUCUGUCAUGUAAUGUGGACAAAAUUAUGUUUGUAAGAUGUGAGAUCAUUUGGUUUCA